AUGUACGUCAUCCCGAACCCAUUCCCUAACAUUCUCAAAACAUCCGUCCGCUCGCCGACUUCGGCCCUGACGUUCAUAUCGUCGGAUACCCACGACGCGGACGAAAGGAAGAUGUACGUUGUCCUGCAACUUGCGUGCCACCGAGCGGACAGGUCGCAUAAACCCUCCGCCCUUCCCCGCCGGACGCCACGUGCACGGCAUCCCCUGCCCGGGGAUGCGGCGGAAGAUUGCAUGCGCGCACUCCGCGCCCCUCCCCCCAAUCUUCCGACUUUCCGCUGGACGGGUCUCGGCCGCGGACCGCCGAGGUCUGAUCCGGGAAUACUCAACGCCGGUCUGGAAGUUUGGGCGGCACUGGACGCGGCGUUGGGUCGCUCGCGAAGUAUAAAGGGUAGGUCACCUCACCGCUUCAAAUCAGCAUUCCAAUCCCUUCCUCCUCUUCUCUUACCAUCCCUUACCUCCUCCCCCUUUUCAAUUGGAUCUUGUAACGUCGCGUGCAGUGUCUUGCUAUUUACUCGUUUUGCAUUGCUUCCUUUCUUCGAACGCGCAUCAUCAAUCGACACCAAACGCACUAACGACUUUCUACGUUUUUCUGCUAUAGUACUACUCGCCGCCGUCCCGCCCGUGCCUAUCGGGCCAUCACGCCGGCCCCCACUAUCCGCGACGGUCACCUUUCUCCUCGCCGUCAUCGUCGUAAGCAUUUUGCUCGCCUCGACGCGCACGCAGAAGGCUCGCCGUUGGAAGUCGGUCUGCUCUGUGACCAGGCACUCCCGCGCCCUUCACUGCGCAUCCAGUACUCGCAGUGCGGUUCUGAGAGACCCGUCGACGCCGUUCGGGCAGAAGCGGGGCACUACACGGUCGUCGACGACAUCGAGGCACCCACAUUUUGACCUCACCCGGGCUGCGCAAGACUACGACGGGGAGCCUCUGACGACACACGAGCGCUCUCGGCAUCGACGGCGAGCGCAUCGCUCGCGUCACCACCUCUCGUCCUUCCCCCACCUCCACGUCGACGCCACGGCCGGCCUCGACCCUCGCCGUCACCGACCCCAGCGAUUCAGGCCACCCCCACCCCCCACCUUCCGUCCAGGCCCUUUUUGGGGAUGCCACAAUAAUCGACCGCCCCGAACUGCCGAAGGCGUGCUCGCUCCGUCUCGAAUGAGCGACGCGAUGAGGGUCAUCUACCCUCCGUCUGCACCACGAAUUGUCGUCCGUUUCCGAGACGCUCGAGGCACGCGCGAGUUCCCUCCGAGAAGGUUGAUGAUGGAGGGGGGCUCUCUGCGACGAGAAAGGGAGAAGGGGGGAUAUUCAUGCGCUCCUAUGGAUUUCCUCGGUGACCCCCGUCGUUGGACGUGUGCCCGUGCCCCCUCGUGCAAGAUUUACGACGGGGGAAGGGCCGAGCCGCCGGAGGCGCGCGUGCGCUUCCUCGGUAAACGAUGCGACGGGGGAGGGGUCUCCCCCACCCCUUUUUGGGGAAAGGGACUUGUGCAGGCGCUUCCCACGACGGGAGGGGGGAGGGCGAAAUGUCGACCGGGUGUGGGUCGAUGCCGAAACGGCGCAGGCAAGCCCGCGCUCUCUCGGGGGGUGAUGUCGAUCCUGUGCCCCUUAUUCACCGGCGCCCCUAAAGGCGAGCUUUGUGGCGAGGGAGGGGGUCCCUCCCUCCUCCUUUCUCUCAAGGAGUCGAGUGUAGGGUUCGUUCUUUCCUUCGUUCUCGCCCCCACUUCGCAUGGCGACUCGCUUCUAGAGCUUCUAGUUCUAAUGUCCUGGAGUUCAGGAAAGGGUUUAGCGGAGAGGGGGGCGCGUCGUAGCGUGGUAGUCCUUUUCUCCCUUUCUGACUGGACAGCCGUCGGAGGGGCGAACGCCCUCCCUCGGCGAGUAGACUCUUUCGAUACGGAUGACGUGGAAGGGAUGGACACGGCCGCGCACCUUAUCCCCUUCCUCCCGCUCGGCCCCUCCAUCGGGUGGGGCCCUUCUCGACGACUUGACCUGCCCUCGCUCACUCUCUCUGCAGCUCGGGAGAUCGGGGAGGACGUGCGGCGCUGGGAGGAGGUGCUCGACAAGCGGGUGGAGGUUGGGGACGAAGGGAAGGGGAAUUAA